CAAACCUUCGUUAAUCCCCCCUAAACUGUCUCUGCGUCUGCCAAGCUGGGCUACUUUCCUACCACUAAUUCCAAACUAUCUUAUAACUCAUAUAAUAAAAUUUAUUUUUAGUCUUCAGUAAUUUUAAAACUACUGAAAUUUUCCUAUCCAAAGUAUCCCAAAGUAUAAAAAUCUCAUGUUAUUAAUUUACAAGUUUAUAUAGACCAGAGAAUCACUCUUAUUAUAAUUAAGUCAUAUUUAAUUCUUAACAAACUGAGAUAUGAGGGCUUCUAAAGUUAACAGCAAUUGCUCAUAAAUGGUGAGCGAUAUCCUGAUUCCUUUAUUUUACAUCCUAGCCAGUACUCUGAUUUGGUUCUAUAUUUUGGUAGGGUUUCAGUUGUUGCAUCUUUAACAAGGCUGAGGGCUCUUGAGCAUCUUUCAGGUAUAAUACUAAUGUAGAAUGUUAUGGCUAUAGACUCUAUGUUGCUUUUUCUUUCAGUAAUUAUGAUAACAAUGCUACUUUCUUAAUUAUGCUAGGGAAGUCUUAUUUUUGGGCCAUUGGUCUAAUCCUAGCUAGAUCUGUACUUUUUGCAUGAAAAAAAACUGAGGUUUGGGAAAUAACAUAUUCUGGUGAUUUUAUGAAUCAAUAAUUAUAGGGGCUAGACUUGUGGAGAAAUUUAGGGCAGAUGCUGAGCUGAAGAGGAUGAGAUGAUGUCCAAAAACUUAUUAAGUUAUUUUUUCUUAUAAUACCCCUGAACAAUAAUGGUUAAUAAUUUACCAUCUGUGAUUUUAUAAUGGAAAUCUGAACCAUAAGGAACGGUAAUAUUGCUCUCAGUGUAAGAAGAAAGUUUUAUUCAUAACUUGGUAUAAGAUAAGUUUUUUGCAACAAAUAAGUAGCCUAUUUUCUCUUGCAAUAUUUAACUGAUUUCCAUAUUCCGGUACAAUUUUGCAAGGUUUGUCAUAUUGAGAAGUCACAUCUAGGACUUCCUAUGACUUUGUUUUCUCCUAACGUGAGUUACAGCUUCAACUGUUUCUAAAACUGAUGGGUUUAUUGAUCACCAUCUCUUACUGAUAGUCCUAAGGAAUGCCUAGUGAUCUCUUGUCAAGACUUAUCAGGAACUCAGUAGAGAUUUAAAUUUUUUAGAGAUUACCAUUACCUGAACUUUAUAGCACUCUCUUUGCUAGAAGAAUUCUCAGAUGUCGAUUUGUGAUGAGCCGUGGAAUAUCGAAAUCAGGCAUAAAUUCAUAUUCAUAAAUAAAUUGUCACAUUUUGGAACUUAUUAAGACUAUUAAAUUCUUUCUCCUCUUAAUAUAAGUAUCGGUCUUUGUUGCAAAUACCUAGCUAAUUAUUGUUAAGUAGGAAGUAGGAUUUAGUUUAUGAUACUCAAAUGGUUCAGGCUAUACAAUAGAUAUCUAUUGAUUUAUUAAGCUUCUGAAGCAUUAAUAAAGCUUAACACAGUUUGGGGGUGAAAGAAAGCUGAAAUGAAACUAACCCCACAAAUUGAAGAACUUUGUUCAAUAUAGGUUUAUGCUAAGAAAGCCAAGAUUCAAAAAAUAUGAAUCUGAUAGAGUUUGAGCACUUUAGAGAGAGUUGAAACCUAGACUCUACAAUAACGAGGUUUUAGCAAUGCUUUUCAGCUUUUAUUUUAUCUUUUUACCCUCUCAAGAUCGUUUAAAAUUUGAGAAAUCAAAAGACC